GUUCCUACGACAGCAGCAAGUUUUAAGCAAGCUUGGCUCAAAAACGAACUUUGUCCGUGCUUUUUUUUUUUAACCUAAUGACGGGACACAGAAGGUCCGCUGCAGGCGAAAUUUGCUGCAGCGGCUGCUGCUGAUCUGAUGUUUCCGAGUGGUGGAGGGGCUGAAAAGGGAGGACUUUGAGCCAGGCGGCAGCUCGCUACAUUAGACUUUAUUUACAUACACAAAUCGCAAUAUACCAAGCCUGCCUGCGCUCGAGGGCUGCACGCUUGCGAAAGACUCCUCCUAGGCUGGAGAGCCCAGGAGUGCCGCGAAAGAAAGUAGAUGAGUUUGCACGGGAAGAGCAGCGUGUGGCUGAGGUCUUGGGGAGCUUGGCAACGACGGCUGCAACAACAGCAGCACCUACAGCUGACUCCUCCGGAGAUCCCCGUCCGGGAUUGUUUGGGUGGUCCUCCGACCCGGCCCAUCGUGGACAUGUCCUACUCCCGCCACUUUCUGGAUUUCCAGGGCUCGUCCAUUCCCACUUCCAUGAAGAAACUGGUAGUGACUAAGCUGAAUUCAAACUUCCGAGAAGCUGUUUCCCUUCGCAACGAUGCACCCGUGCCGCUCCCGGGAGACGGCGAUCUACUUGUUAGAAACAGAUUUGUUGGCAUUAAUGCAUCUGAUAUUAACUACUCAGCUGGCCGGUAUGACCCUUUGGUUAAGCCUCCUUUUGAUGUAGGUUUUGAAGGAAUUGGCGAAGUGGUGGCCUUGGGCUUAAGUGCAAGUGCAAAAUAUGCUGUAAGCCAGUCUGUGGCCUAUGUAAGACCAGGAGCUUUCGCUGAAUAUACAGUUGUGCCUGCUAAAGAAGCCAUUCCAGUACCUUCUGUGAAACCAGAGUUUCUGACCCUUCUGGUGAGUGGAGCUACAGCAUAUAUCAGUCUGAAGGAGCUUGGAGAAUUGUCUGAAGGAAAGACAGUUCUGGUGACAGCAGCAGCUGGAGGCACUGGCCAGUUUGCUGUGCAGCUUUCAAAGAAGGCAAAAUGCCACGUAAUAGGAACUUGCUCCACUGAUGAAAAAUGUAGCUUUCUGAAAUCUAUCGGCUGUGACCGACCUAUCAACUAUAAAACUGAAAAUGUUGCUGCUGUCCUCAAAAAAGAGUAUCCAAAAGGUGUGGAUGUGGUGUAUGAGUCGGUUGGUGGAGAGAUGUUUGACUUGGCUAUCGACUGCUUGGCUGUCCGAGGCCGUCUGAUCGUUAUUGGGUUUAUUUCUGGCUACCAAACACGUACUGGCCUUCCACCAGGUCAUACAGAGAUGCUGCCAGCAAAGUUGCUAAAAAAAUCAGCCAGCAUCCGGGGUUUCUUCUUAAACCAUUACUUUUCUGAGUACCAAAUGGCUAUGAAACACUUGGUUGAAAUGUGUGAAAUGAGAGAAAUCGUUUGCGAGGUGGACUUCGGAGACCUGUCUCUAGAGAGCAAGUUCACUGGCUUAGAGUCAGUGUUCCGUGCUAUAGAUUAUAUGUACAUGGGAAAAAACAUUGGAAAAAUUGUAGUUGAAUUACCUCACUCUGUCAACAGUAAGCUGUAAAAACAGAACAAUGACAUAAAUCAAAACAGAGCAAAUGGGCACUUUAUGCUUGGCGAUAAUGCCUUAAUUUCUUUAAAGCUGGCAAUGGGUAAUAUAUUAAAAUAGCAAAACAGUAUUUUGGUUUGUUUAAGGGGUUUUGUAUUGUUUAAAAAUACAGCUUGUAGCUGGCAUUAAAUUUUCUUGUACCACAUUUUUGGUCUGGAAAUUUUCAAUUUCCAACUUGCAGUGGGUUUGAAUAUAAUUCUAGUCAACUACAGUACUUGCAAACUGUUCUCAUACCUUUCUUCUGGAACUCAGUAUGUGAAGGCAUAGGGAGCUGCAAUCCUAUACAGUUUAGCUAAGAUGAAGCUCAUUGUUCUUAAAGUAGCUCAGUAGACAUGCAUAGGAUUAUGCAGCAAUCCUAUAUGCACCUACACGGAAGUAUGCCCUAGUGAUAUUCAGAUUGAUUAUUCCUGUAUGUAUGUAUGUAUGUAUGUAUAUGGGACCGUUCUGUUUAAAAAAAUCAAUUCUAUUUUAGACUUGUUACACAAACUGGGAUGGAUACAGUCUGCAGAGACAUUCUGUUAACGAUGGGGCUACCCAGGCAAGUUUUUUCUACAAAUCUUAUUCUACACAACAGUCACAUUUUUAUAAUAGUAUGAACAUGUAUGACUUUUUUAUGUGUGCUGUUGUUUGAAAAUGAACCAAUGUACAGUUAUAUUUUGGGAUAUUUAGCUAUCUUAUAAAAUUAUCUUUGAAGUAUUGUUUUGCCUUUAUAUACCCAUUUAUUAGUGGAACUUCUGUAAUUUAACUUGUUUACAUUCUGUUGAAGAUAAAAUAAUCCAGAAGUUUUCAGAUUAACAAAACGCACCAGGAGAUAUUUAUCACUGAAAAUGGAAAUUAAAAUGUUGGAUGAGAAUGGUACCAGUGUAGAAUGUGUAUGACUAUGUAAUAAAAUGUGAUCUCUGUAAGAGAUUGUAUUAUACAAUUCUGAGUAUAAAGCAUUAAAAAUCAUUUUAGUUAAUUUU